CUGCGAGGAAGAAAGAAGGCUUUGAGGUCUCACCCGCCACAAUGACGGACAGAAGCCCCUUUGAGACAGACAUGCUCACCCUGACCCGCUACGUUAUGGAGAAAGGGAGACAGGCAAAAGGGACCGGGGAGCUCACACAGCUGCUCAACUCGAUGCUGACUGCCAUCAAAGCCAUCUCCUCGGCUGUGCGCAAGGCGGGCCUGGCUAACCUGUAUGGAAUCGCAGGGAGUGUGAACGUGACAGGAGAUGAGGUGAAGAAACUGGACGUGCUAUCCAAUUCCCUGGUCAUCAAUAUGCUCCAGUCCUCCUACAGCACCUGCGUCCUAGUCUCUGAAGAGAAUAAAGAGGCAGUUAUCACAGCCAAGGAGAAGAGGGGGAAAUAUGUGGUUUGCUUUGACCCGCUGGAUGGAUCUUCAAACAUUGAUUGCCUGGCUUCCAUUGGAACUAUAUUUGCUAUCUACAGGAAGACCACAGAGGAUGAGCCUUCUGAGAAGGAUGCCCUGCAGCCCGGUCGAAAUAUAGUGGCUGCAGGCUAUGCACUCUACGGCAGCGCAACCGUGGUGGCUCUUUCCACAGGGCAAGGAGUGGAUCUCUUCAUGCUGGACCCGGCUCUUGGAGAAUUUGUGCUGGUCGAAAAAGAUAUCAGGAUUAAGAAGAAAGGGAAAAUUUUUAGCCUCAACGAGGGCUAUGCCAAGUAUUUUGAUGCUGCCACCGCUGAGUAUGUACAGAAGAAGAAAUUCCCCGAGGACGGCAGUGCACCUUAUGGGGCCAGGUAUGUGGGCUCCAUGGUGGCUGAUGUGCACCGUACCCUGGUCUAUGGUGGAAUCUUUAUGUACCCAGCCAACCAGAAAAGUCCUAACGGCAAGCUCCGGCUCCUGUAUGAAUGCAACCCUGUGGCCUACAUUAUCGAGCAGGCAGGAGGCAUGGCAACCACAGGCACCCAGCCUGUACUGGAUGUGAAGCCUGAGACUAUCCACCAGCGAGUCCCCCUCAUUUUGGGGUCCCCAGAGGAUGUGCAAGAAUACCUCACCUGUGUGCAGAGAAACCAGGCAGGCAGGCAGUGAGCCUGAACUCCUGAGCCUUGUACUCCGUCGUAUGAAGGAUUAGACGAAGGGUCAAUGGAGAUGGCAGGAAGGACAAACACAUCAAAUUUGCCAGGUCAUUUUCAGGACAUCAUCCUGCUGCUAAGGGUAGUUUUAGAAGCCAGAGGCAAAGAUAGGGUCAGAGGGGCA